AUGGAACCUGCAAAAUUCCCCUCCUUCCAAGGAGACCUGACAUCCGCACUUGUCAAUGUGACUCGCACUGUAGGCCAGAUCGCAGCACAAGACUUGGGCUUCCACCGUACCUCUAGUGCUGAGUUCACAGAACAGCUAGACGAGCAGGCUGAACGUGUUCUUGCACUAACUUCUGCAGUACUGAAAAUAGCUAUAACCGGAACUGAAGUGAAGCCUCCGACCUUGAGAAAUGAGGAUUCCAUCGAUGAAAAUUGGCAUGGCGUGGUGGACGUGAUUGAUUCGAUGUUGGAGAAAGCUGAUGCGAGCUUGGACGAAUUUACCGGUGUUAUCAAAAAAUUGAGCCCUUCAGAGGAAGAAAAGGGGAUGGCCCGUCUAGCCUACGCUGACGCUCGCGCCGCAAAGAAGUUAGACGACAACAGAAUCCGCUUCACACCGAACAUCAUUAAGAAACCGCAACUCGAAUUUGACCACAAACCUGAUAAUUCUAAUGACUUGAAAACCUUCAAGCCUCUGCUAAAAGCGAAACCUAACGCGCUUGUGCCCCUGACAUUUUCAGAAAGCCCGGAUGUCUCAUACCAACAUCCCUACGAAACCGAGAUUCGUGCGGCCGAGUAUCCGAAGUCUGUCUAUGAGAUCGCGACUCCCAUCCCAUACAAGCCGCUUGAGAGUACUAGUGCGACAUUUGUGGAUACUAUGGAUGGAGUCAUGGAGAUGCUGGGUGAUCUGAAGAAUGCGAAAGAGAUCGCUAUUGAUUUGGAGCACCACGAUGCCCACUCUUACGUGGGGCUUGUUUCGCUGAUGCAAAUCAGUACUCGGGAUAAAGAUUGGAUUGUCGACACUCUGAAACCGUGGAGAGAGGAGCUGCAAGUUCUAAACGAAGUUUUCACGGAUCCAAAAAUCUUGAAGGUUUUCCAUGGUUCGAAAAUGGACAUCGUCUGGCUGCAGCGGGACUUGGGCUUGUAUGUGGUAGGAUUGUUCGAUACGUUUCAUGCUGCCACUGCAUUGCAGUAUCACCAGAAGAGUCUCAAAUUUCUUCUCGAGAAAAUCGUCAACUUUGAAGCCGACAAAAAGCACCAGAUGGCCGAUUGGCGAAUUCGCCCGUUGCCACAGGCUAUGUUUGACUAUGCCCGAUCUGAUACUCAUUUUCUACUGUACAUUUACGAUUGUCUACGCAACGACCUUAUUGAGAACUCGACGCCCGAGAUCAGUCACAUCGACUAUGUACAGGAGCGAUCGAAGAUCGAGUGUCUGCAGCGAUACGAACGCUCCGUUUAUGAUGAGAAGACUGGCCAUGGAUCCGGAGGCUGGUAUGAUAUGCUGUCCCGUGCCUCGGGUUCAUACUCCAAGCAGCAAUUUGCAAUUUUCAAGGCUGUUCACAAGUGGCGCGAUGAGAUAGCUCGACAGGAAGAUGAGAAUCCCCAGUUUGUGAUCCCUAGACACACACUGUUCAAGCUCGUCCAGUACCUUCCUCUUGACAUGGGAUCAUUGCUCCGCACUCUGUCACCUAUGAACCCUCUUGUCAAGGACCGAGCGAAUGAUCUCCUCAAGGUUAUUAAAGAGGCAAAUAUUGCCGGAGUUGAUGGUCCCGAAUGGCGAGACGCCCCAAGUCGUCCAAAGCUGGCAAAGCCAACUUAUGAAUUCAAUUUCUCGCAAACGACAAAGAACAACCCUCCUACUAUUGAGAAAUCACAGUUCUGGGGUAAUGUUUUGGAAGUGAAGGAGGUCCCAACUCCUCCGGAAUACUCUGUUACUGCAGCUUCGGAGGCUGUUCGUCUCUCUCUUCCAUUGCCACCCAUGGCAAAGAACGUUUCUGAAGUUCGGGAGAAGCUCACGCCUGCGACUCCCAUAUCAGCCGCUCCCACUGCAGCGCCUGCCUCUAACUCGAUCGCCGAUGAGGAGAAGAACAAGGUCUUCACUGUCAAAGAACUCGGCGGCCCGCGCAAGAGAAAGUCUGACGCUGUGGAGGAAUCACCUAACCAAAGUUCCAUUGGCGACGACGAAUCAAACGAAAUGCCUGACGAAUCCGCUAAAAUGACAAAGAACCAGCGAAAACGGGCUCGCAAACAAGAAAAGAAAGCCACUGCCGCCAAGGAACAGACAGCUCCAUUCGACUACGGUGCCGCAGAUACUGUUCUCAAUGCUCCUGCUGCCUCUAUCAACGCUACCCGACGACAGAAGCCCUUUAAUCCGUACGCCAAAGCACUUGACGCUCCCUCGGGUGCUCGCAAAGAUAAGCGCGAAGUUCCAGGCAAGUCUUGGACAUACCGUUAG